AUGCCCAACACUGACCACGACAACCCUAAACGGUGGCUGAAAUCCUUGGGUUCUGUUCUACCCAGCGAACCCAACCACCCAACACGCAUUGCACUACGCGCCUAUGGCCUCGCACUCACCCUCACCCUCGGACCGGCUCUCAUCCCCUUCGUAACCAAACCGCUGUUCUCUCGGGGUCGAAAGGUCAUCAGCAUUGCAAAGUUCUUCGAUGUGUUAAAGAGGGAACUACGACACGAUGGUUUCGCAUUUGCAAUCACCACUGCGGUUGCUGGAGGACCCGUGCUGCGCACGUUGUGGAAGAAGGCACUCGAUGCUGAAGAAAGGGAUGAUGCUGCGGUCGUCACGGAGCAAAACCGUCAGCGAACAUAUUGCCAGCAGUCGUAUUCUCGCCUGAAAGCUUUGCUCAAAACUUUGGAAACGGCGUCCAACCAAAUGUUGUUCCUUACCAAUGCUCUUGCGACAUUGGUUGGAUUCCUCCUCCUUCGGUCAGGUAGAGAGAGGCAACAAAUCGCGAACCGGGCUCGAAGUAGGAGGAAAGUCACUGGCUUACACUCGUUCCCCACGUUAGAUUUUACGUUGUUCCUCGUGGUUCGAGCUCUGGACGCCAAGGUGCAGGGAUUCAUCCACGACCGUUUCAGCACAGAUCCCCGUCCGACCGACAAGCCUGGCGAUGCGACGUUGGAAUCAACAUCUCAGAAGGCGUUAUCGUCACCCAAUCGUAUUUCCAAACAUGCAAGGCAACUCUCAAUGCAGGUGGAUGCUUUUGCAUUCUGGCUCUGUAGCUCGAGAAUCAUGUGGUGCUACUUUUACGAGCCAUAUAGAUUACCCGGCUCCUACGUCAAAUGGAUAACGGCCCUUGCAAACGUGGAUGACAGGCUUUUUGAAGCCCUCCGCCUAAUCCGCGCCAAAAAGUGGUCAUACAUCUCCGGGUCCAAAGAACAUUCAGAGAUGCUUCAGGGCUUUGCCAAGGAUCUAGGAUACCCGGCUUCCUGGGGUGACCCUGCUCUGCUUCCAGCGUACGGUGGAGCGGCGGCGAAUGAAGCGUGGAAGUCACUCGGAGUGACGACGAGACCGGGUGUGGGAGGCAUUCCUUGCGAACUCGUUCACGCCGAGUUUGGAAAGAGCAUGGGCCUUGCAAGUAGCUGCCACGCUAAUGCUGCGUUGCGAGGGGCGAAGGGGUUCAUGCAAGCUUUGGCUAUUUACAUCCCGGCUCAUUUCAUUCCAGUCCUCCUCACUAGGCCUGGAAGCCUCCUCCAGCUCAGCCGCGUUCUGCAGACCACGGGAGCAGCGCUUAGAAGCUCGGCUUUCUUGUCGACGUUCCUCGCCUUGUAUUUCUACACGGUUUGCUUCACGAGGACCAUGGUUCUCGCCAAACUCCUCCCUUUCAUCUCUCAUCAGUUCUGGGAUGGGCCUUAUGGCUGCCUUUUUGCAGGUUCUCUUGCCUGUGGAACUAGCAUCUGGGUCGAGAAUGGACGAAGGCGCGGAGAGAUGGCACUUUACGUCCUUCCCCGCGCUCUUCGAACUUGCCUGCCUCAGAAUCUGUCUAAGAAAUCACUUCCCUUUGCAAGACUAGCUGAGAGUUUCGCUUUCGUCGCGUCUAUGUCUGUUUUGCUCCAGGCUGGAUCCAAGAGGCCUGAUUCGCUUCGAGGGUUGUCCCGAUGGGCGUUGGACUUUGUGUUGAAUGGUAGAGAAUCUGGAAAAGGAGAUACCACCGCGGAACGUGGCAUAUAG